AUGGGUGAUGAUGCAGGGAGUCGAGGUGCAGGCCGACGGUCAUUGCACCCAGGAGCUGAGCCCCAAGUUCAACGCGAACGUUCUCCUCGUCUCUUGCGGGCUGCUGAGCUUCCGUCACCACCAGCAGCACCAGCUGAGGCAACGCUCGUUCCUCAGCAGGGCACCAGGCCGGCGACUGACCCGAGCCAGGACCAGCUGGCCAACGUCAUCGAACAACAGCUUCGAGGCUACGUCAGCCCUGAAGUCCAGGCGCAAAUUAAAAAGACAUGCAACUCCCUGAGCGCCUACAUCGACAGCCUUCAGAAGCUGAUAGAUAGGCAGAAUUCAUACACAGAGCAAAGAAACAGUCUGGAUCAAGGUACAUUCCCUCCAGGCGUUCGUCCAUUCACACUUUCGUAUGAAAGCCCAUUUCUCGACACGAUGCGCACCAGUUUGGACGAAUCGCUUCACAUUGAUAUAUCUGAUAUGUCAAUCAGGGACGCCAAAUCCAAGAUCUACGGAGCGACCUUGGCAUACCAGAAAAAAUUGGAUUUGGAAGUACUCCAGCGGCAGCGUGAAGAUCUUCUACUUAAGACGUCUCGUGAUGCGUUCUACCAGGAGUGCAUGUCUGUCGAGCUUGCAAGAACGUCGCCCUUCCCGUUCUUGGGGCUGGCAGAGGACGACGAGAUUCGAGUGGACCCUGAGACCAUCAAGCCGCGUCUGGCGAUCAUCUACAGGAAGGUUGUCGAUCAAGCGGCCCAUCGAAAGCAGAAAAAGAUGGACGCGGCAAACAAAGAGGCCGCAAAGAAGAAGAAGAUCGCUGAGACUGUGAGUCAAAAGCCCCCGGCAGAGCUGCUCGACAUGGUCAUCGACGCCAGGAUCGACAAGGCCAAACGUUCUGCCAACGCGGCCCGCAAGAAGUCGCUGACCGUUCCGGCGUCGUGGUACCAGCAGCAGUGCGAAGGUGGCCUCUCUGAGGACGUGGUCCUUGCUGACCUCCCUGCCAACGCUCCUGCCAGCGGGCCAAAAAACGGCCAGUCCCCCGCCAAGAGCGGGGGCAGGGGCAGGGGCCGCGGCAGAUCGUCGGAUCCGAAAGGCAAGGGCAAGGACAGCAAGGGCAAAGGCAAAGGAAAGGACACGUCCAAGGGCAAGUCCAAGGGAAGAGCCACCUCGAAAGGCAAGGGUGGCAAGGUUGGGAAGUACGGCGAAGGUGGCGACAGCUCGAAGGGACAGAACCCCAACAAGCGUUACGACAGAUCGCGCCCGUCGGCCAGGGGCCGAGGGCGCGGCGGAAAUGGGAAAGGUUGGUGA